CAUCCUUCACUGGCUGGUCACUCACAAACAAGCCGGAGAGCCAAGAGCUUCAGCUCAACUGUGCCCAUUCGUUUCUUCCUCUUUGUUUGGUGUUUGUCCUCCGGCCGGCCUCUGUUUUCUAACGGAGGUGUCUCACCAUAGUCUUGCUACCAAGGGCACUCUCUCUAGAGCUGAGCACCAUCUUCCUCAAGGCAGCUAGCGACCAUGGUCUCCCCUGACACCAUCCGCACGGCCAUCGGUGUCAUAGGCAAUGGGACCGCCCUGGUGCUCUUCCUCUCCCCAGUGCCUACCUUCAUCCGCAUCUGGAAGAAAGGGUCUGUGGAGCAGUACUCGCCGAUCCCGUACGUGGCGACGCUCCUCAACUGCAUGAUGUGGGUGCUGUACGGCUUGCCGGUGGUGCACCCGCACAGCAUGCUGGUGAUCACCAUCAACGGCACCGGCAUGGCCAUCCAGCUCACCUACGUCACGCUCUUCCUCCUCUACUCCGCGGGGGCGGUGCGCCGCAAGGUUUUCCUCCUGCUCGCCGCCGAGGUGGCCUUCCUCGGCGCCGUCGCCGCGCUGGUGCUCACCCUGGCGCACACGCACGAGCGGAGGUCCAUGAUCGUUGGCAUCCUCUGCGUCCUCUUCGGCACCGGCAUGUAUGCCGCCCCGCUCUCCGUCAUGAAAAUGGUGAUCCAGACGAAGAGUGUCGAGUACAUGCCCCUGUUCCUGUCUCUGGCUUCCCUCGUGAACGGCAUCUGCUGGACCGCCUACGCGCUCAUCCGCUUCGACCUCUACAUCACCAUCCCCAACGGGCUGGGCGUGCUGUUCGCGGUGGCGCAGCUAGUCCUGUACGCCAUGUACUACAAGAACACCCAGAAGAUCAUCGAGGCACGCAAGCGCAAGACGGACCAGGUCGCCAUGACGGAGGUGGUCGUCGACGGCAGCGGCAGGGCCUCCAACAACAACACCUACUGAUAUAUCGAUGAGUACUUUGUACUACGUACGUGAUGACAACAACUAGCAGGUGACCACCAAUACAAGCAAGAGCUGGCGCCCACAAGUACGGGGGCUACAUAUAUACGCCAACGUCUGUGUGUGUAUCUAGCAUUAGCAGCGUCCUUCUUCCUGAUGAAAGGAUGAUCGAUGCAUAUGCAUCUUAUUAAGCUCUCGGUCGUCGUCUCGUCUAUCAAUUACUAGCUUUUAUACUUUCCAUGAAUCCAUCCUUCCUAGUAACGAAACCUUUGGCCACUAAGCUAAUUAAUAUAUGCUAAAGCAUUUUGAUUCGA